AAGUCGUAAGUACGACUGUAUGAAGUUGUAACUGUGUUAUUUUAUUAAACUAUCGUUUAACACCUUGUCUCCCAAUGCCUUUUAUCAUCACAUCACGGACGCUAUCAGCUUAUCACCGUCGUUAUCAAAUUAUCAUCAAGUACCGACGUCACCUUCCGUCCGCAUGACAACAUUGACAAGCGUCAUCGCAGCGGUUUGUCCUUAAUUCAGAUUGUUAAAUUGUUUUCUGUUCUCUUGCGUUCAGCAUCGUGGACACAUUCCGGAAAAAAUACGCUGAUGUGAAUUCUCGUAGAUUCACGUUCUGAGUGUUCUGACUGUCUCGUUUUUCUCCUCCGGCGACCUGCUAAGAAACUAUCUUAACAUCAACAUGUAUCUGAAAACAUGGAAAGAAUUCGAAACCGCCUCGUACAAUCUGCUCCUCAAAGAUCCGACCAGGGUUAGAUGCACUAUGAAAUAUUGUCACAGUGAAGCAACUGUGCAAUUAAAAGUUACAGAUGAUAUCUCGUGCUUGCAGUUUAAAACUUCAGAUAUACAAAAUGUAAAGAAAAUCGAAGUAUUUUAUGCUACAAUUAUGAAACAAAUAAUAUCUAAUGAGCUUUGAAAAUUGAAUCAAAACUAUAUUUAUUUUAAAUUCUGUAAGUUUAUUUUAAUUGUGAAAGUAUUUAAAAUGUUUAAGUGUGAAAGUACAUAUUGUUAUAACAUCAAAAUAUACGAAAAAAGUAUAAAAAUCACAAAAUGUAAUAACAUUCCAAACGAAAAAACAUGAAACCAUUAUUAAAUAAGUUGCCUCAUUAUUUGAUGACAUAAUAAUUUUGAGUGAUUCGUUAUUAUUUGAGGUGGGAAUUUGAUACUUUAAAAAACUUCUAAGUCUUGCUCAAAAUGAAAUAAAUUCAAAUUGUAAUUUUGAUUUCAUAACGAAAUUAAAAAAUUGGUUAUAAAUUGUAUUUAUAUACAAAUGAUAUGUAAAUAUUAAUUUCAUUUCACUGGUUUUGAAUAAACAAGGCAACAAUUUAUAAAUAAUUAACUAGUUUUAUUUUUUGUUUACCUAGUUAGCUUGGUAAUCUAAAGACUGACUAUAUUUUCAUGAAAUCUGUUUUAAAAGUCUAAUUAAACUUAUGGCAGUAUGCCAGUAUCCCACGUCUACAAAUAAAGUGUUUAAAAAUGACGUCUUAUCUACAUUUGUUGCUACUAUUUUAUUAACACAUA